UGAAAACGUGGACUAAGUGCAAUAAUAAAAAGUGAGGUGUGAUUUUCCCAACUGUAAAUUUUCAAAUUUUCUUCUUUUCUUUUCUGAAUCAGAGACACUUCUUUCAGGCAUAAGCGAAAUGGAAGAAAAUAUGUUUGGCUCAAAGGAUUCAAACCCUAAAGCCACCGCUACCGCGGCUGACACCACCAUCGAUCCAACCCUCCAACGGAAGCAUGCGGCAAUGCUGGAACGCCUCUCCAAUCGCCACCACUCACGGCUGGCCGGAAAAUCCGACCCUGAGUCCACAAACCUUAAUUCACCUCCCUCUUUCGAGUCUACCGAAUCCUUCCUCUCAAAAUUCUCUCAAUCUAAGGUCUCCAUUGAGUCCUGCCUCUCCCAGCUCCAACGACAAGAAGAAAACGGAAUUCCUGGCUCCGAUUCGAACCGAAAAACAGAUACAGAGAAAAUCUCUCUCUCAAUUUCUGACCUAGAGAAGUUUGUUGCCGAGAAUUCUUACUUCUUGCCAUCCUACGAAGUUCGUACGUGCCUCAAAAUCAUUGCCGAUCUCAAACAGUCCCUCGAUGAUGUCACCUCCCUCGUCAUCCCCAAGAAAAAAUUCUCCUUCAAAAAUAAGCCUUCCAAAAAACCCGCUAAUCCGGUUCAGGAAGAUGCCGUCUCUGAGAGAAACCUGAAUGCGGGAACGGAAGGUUUGGGAUUUAAACGUUUGAGCCUGUCACCUGGGUUUAGGGAUAAAGAGAAGGAGGUAUUAGUCAAGGAAUUUGAUAAGAGUGCUACGCAGGGACAAAAUGGGGAAUUUACGUUAUCGGGUUUGAGGGAUUGUGAGGUGAGAUUGAAGGGUUGUUUAAGGGCUCUGUUCAUGGAUAGAUUGACAAAUUGUAGGAUUUAUGUUGGGGCAGUGAUGGGGUCAGUUUUGAUAGAGGGCGUGGAGGGAUGUGUUUUUAUAUUGGCUUCACAUCAGAUCAGGAUUCAUAAUGCAAAAAAUUGUGACUUUUAUCUUCGAGUUAGGAGUAGACCCAUAAUUGAGGACUGCAAUGGGGUUAGAUUUGCGCCGUAUUGUCUAAACUAUGAAAGGAUUGAGAAGGAUCUUGAGGAGGCAAAUCUUGGAGAGGAGACGGCUAACUGGGCAAAUGUGGAUGAUUUUCGGUGGUUGAGGGCGGUGCAAUCCCCGAACUGGUCCAUUUUGCCAGAAAAUGAGCGAAUUCUGACGGUGGAUAUUUCGAAUUCUUGAAAAGUGGAUUGAGAGCCCUUUUUUAGCAUAGACUAAGAGAUUUGUGUUUCUGGAUACAUGCUUGAUUUUGUAAAAGAGGUAACAUUUUUGUUAUAUCUGUUAUUUAUUGCAAAUGGGGAAUUAUUCAGAAUUCAUUUCUAAACAAAGUUGAUUCCAAAUUGGAUUCGUUUGAUA